AUGAGGACGUUCGUAGCUACAGCGGCCAUAGUGCUGAUGGCAGGAAGUUGCAUGGCAAGCCAGGACUUCCUCUCUAAAUCCUUGAACGAGUGUAUCGCCGCGGACUCUUGGGUGUCCUGCCUGAAACACGAAGUUCUCGGAUACUUGGACGAGAAACUUGGGACCAGCACCGAGGCCAGAUCCUUAGACACCGUGGACGAGGCGAUCGUCGCUAGGACCUUCAAGUACCUGAAGAGUUUCGACUAUGGAGUCGAUCUACCCUUCGUGGACGCUAGCUUGAAAUACAGACCCAGCAGGAGUUUUGCUGACUUGGACGUCGAAUUCAAAGGAAACGAAGUGGCUACCAGUCAAGCUCGAGGAAUCUUGAAGAAGAAGCUGCUGUUACCCUUCCUGUUGUUGUUGAAGCUGAAACUGAAGGCUUUGAUGCCCAUCUUCGUGGCUAUCAUUGGACUGAAGGCAUUGAAGGCUCUGGUGCUCUCGAAACUCGCGAUCCUCCUCGUCGUUGGAUUUAUCGCCGUGCAAUUCUUCAAGAAAGGUGGCAUGAUGAUGCCAAUGGGAAUGUCGAUGGAACCGGCUACACCGGCAUACGGAGCUCCACCUUUGCCCUCGACCACGUCGAGCUACGACCCGGCUAACACGUGGGACGGAAAUGGACCAUAUUCCCGCGUCUGGACGCCGACCAACGGUGUGGAAGCCCAGAAUCUCGCCUACUCUUACUACUCGCCCAACAGCGGUUCAAGUUCUUACAGCUCCUCCGGUUCGUCCUCUUCGUCUUCCUCCUCGUCGGUGAAUCCUGCCAGUUCGUCGAACUACUAG